AUGGAUGCCUUGCACGAACUUCGGAAAAUCAAAAAGGCAGAGUUUUUGAAAACAAACAUUGUGGAGCAACGAAGAAUCAUUGUGGAGCAACUGGCAGGCGCCAAGAAAAUUCUGACACUCACUGACUGCAACGAUAGAUCGACCAACAAGUUCCGGAAGAAGCUCAUCAAGACGAUGAGGCAGCUCGAGGUGAGAUAUGAGUUUCUGCUUGUUCCUAACAAUACCUUUCUGCUUUCAGGAGGCUCUCGAAGCGUGCUCGGAAGUGGAAGCAGUCAGCCGUAUGAGAGACAUGAGGAUGGAGGACGCGGUGGGUUCGAAUUCUAGGUAACUGCUGUUGGAAGAAAAGUUUUCAGUUGAAGAAGCAGUUGGACAAGUUGAUGGCCACUCAGAACGCUCAAAGGGAGCAAGAGGCACAGGAGAAGAAGCAGCUCAAGAAGAAGAAGUGA